UCGCAUCGAGACUUCAAGCUGAGCGGCAGCGACUCCAAAUACAGAUACAGCGACAGCACCCAGCUAGAGAUACAGAUACUUUGGCGGAUCGAGACCAGGGACAGAUACACAGAUCCAGUCCGGUGUUUCUAUUAUUUUUUUUGUUGUGUCGAGUGCCAGAUCCAGUCAGUGAGAAUGCCGUUCCCCAUUCAUCCGCCCAAGCAGAUGCCAUGUCCCCACUGGCAGCAUUUCCCCAUCAGUCCGGUGGACAGCAAGCCGAAUCCCUUCGACUCUGUUGGCGGAGCAGCUGCAGCGGCCACCCAUUCCGGAAUGGGUGCCACCACCAAGCCACCGGAGCCGGUCUCCUAUCGCUACUGUCUGCAGUGCAAGGCUUCCGGCAAGGAGGUGGGCGGCAACUCCUCCGACCGGGAGUAGUGACCUCCAGUCGCCAAAAAGGUGACAUUGCGGAUAUAGCUGGGCGGAGCCAUUAACUUUAAUCAGCAGCCACUUCACUAGAGGACACUAGAAGCUUUCUUGCUUGGAAAUCUAAUUUAAAAAAACCCAAUCACAACCCUUACACAGAGGAAAUUAUCGCAAAUUUUAAGAGUCGAAGUGUGUCGAUAUUAAAAGGCAUAAACCAGGUCCUAGAUAUUCCCUUAAUUUCUUGAAUUUAAUAUUUAAUCUAAGCACAGCUCCAGGCAUAUAUAAUUUACGCAUAUAUUCUAAGAUUGAUCCCAUUCCUAAUUUUGUACAUUUUCUAUUCUUAAAAAUGAAAAAAAAAUGAUUAAGAGAAAGUGAAAAUUAUUUGUUUCUCUUUACAACAAACUAUUUUUUAAAUAAGUUUUACCUAAUAUAACAAAUGUUCAACAAAAAAAAAAACCAUACAAUGAUCAAAGGGCCAUUCAUAUUUUUUUCUGUGUACACUUAGUGAUUAUUUAACCCUAAGCACAUGUUCCAUUUAUAUUAUAUGCUAUAUAUUCCCCACAUCUGUGUAAAGUGUUUUUGUUGCCAAUACUUAAGUUAAGCAUUUCGUACGUAUUUAAUUUGUAUUUAGAGCUAAAGACUAAAGUUUUAUACAAUUUUUUUUGAUACCAAUAUAUAUUUGUAUAAGAAGCGCUAAUAAAAAACGCACGACGCAUUUUAAAAAACGAGUUCUACACAAAUACACGAGCACCGCCAAACAUAU